AAACAUAAUUUGCAAACAAUAUCAUUUUGAAUUUCAUUGCUAAUUAGUUGAACGCAGGUGUAUAUACAUAUAAGUAGCUAUUCUCAUAUUGAAUUACUAAUAUAAAAUAUACGCAAUAGCAGCAUGCAAUAAAACUAAUGAUACUCUAGAAGCAAAUAUAGAAACAAAAGAAGCCGAAAAUACAUUUAUUCAACCAGUGAUUGUAAUUGCGAGUAUUCAAUCAGGUUGCAAAUGAUAAGUUAAAACGAGUAUAAUAAAAAUUGUAUUUAAUUUUUCACGUAGGCAUUAAAUGCGAUUUAGGAAAAUAACAGUUUUCUGCAUGCAUAUUCGACAUAAUUAUCUAUUGUAUUUUACUAGUCGAUAAGUGUUACUGUCUUUUACAAUAUUUACAUUGUACUAAGUGAUAUUGUAUAUUUUUUUCUGAAUUCAAAUAAACGCGAUAUUAUGAAUAAUACGAUAACAACAAAUUAUUUAUCGUUUUCAGCAAAGUGUGUUAGCUUUUUUAAGAAUACGUUGUAUGUAAUCAGCAGAUCGGGCAUUCAAUGAACCUCCACCGUCAAACACUCCACGCUACUAGAGACAUUGAGGCUUCCUCUCUCCACAGAGGGAGUAGCUAUUGUCUUUAAUGCUGACGACUGCUCGCUAAUGGCGCCCGGAAAUAGCAUUGCUGACUGUGCUCGAAAGAAAACAGUUACCUCUUCGAACUUUCUCGCUUCUUUCCUGCAAGGAGCCUAACCCUCCCCCUAAGAAAUCCUCGGCAACCUUUUCCACCACCUCGAUGGAGGAGAUUAGACUACAGCUGGGAAUUCACGUCGAUGGAGAACCAAUUCCAACAAUUUCAAAAAGAACCGAAAAUUCCUGAAGUUGCAUUCGAUUAUCUGCUCUCUUCCUCGGUGUAUAUCAUCGCAUUUGCCAAUAGAGUACAAACCGGCAACAAGGUCCUGAAGUCGCUAGCCGUCAGGACCUGUGGCAAAGACAAAGAAACGUUGUUGGCAUCAUACAAGGCCAUUGGUCGGCCGGCUCUGAACUAUGCAGCGCCCCUGUGGUCGCUGGGGACUAGCAGGACGAAGCUACAGACAUGCCUUCUGAUGUCGCCGCAACGUCAUCUGCACGACGAGGUUCAAAUGCUCCCCGGAGGAGCCCUCGCCAUGGCACGCCAGAAGGCAUCCAUACCGACCUACACUGACUCGAUCUGUGAAUGGCGUUUUGGGAACACAACCACCAGACGUGCACGAGACAGAGCUUCGUCUGCCUCGGACAACAUUAGCGCAACUUCGCUCUGUCUACUGCAGCAGGUUAAACUCGUACGUGAGCAGAUUAGAUGCAGAUGUGCGCGGGUGUCCGGCAUGCGGAGAGACACCCCACGACUCGAGACAUCUCUUCGCACACCCACUAAACCCCACUCAACUAAUGUCGCUGCCCCUUUGGACUGACCCUAUAGAAGCUACACACGCUUCCUGAGUCUCCUGUUAGUUCAUCAUGAGGACAAUGAUUGCGGGACUAGCCGAUCAGGGCGGGGUUGAUGUAGCCCCUACAACAACAACAACCAACUCAUAGAGAGUCGGUCACCAACUGCUACGAAAUUUGACCUAUGAAUGCCGCGAUCGGAGCUCAAUGUAACCGUUGCAGACACAGAGCUUCGACUGCCACGAGAGACCAGCGUUACUCUGGUUCAAUCACGGUCUGGAUAUUGCAGCCACUUAAACAGCUACUUAUCCAGACUAGGGCCCCAAUGAGUAACCGCCAACUAACGACCGUCUCCCUGUCCUCACCAUCAUUAUCUGUUUUACCUUAGUCUCAAUUUUAAGCUUCGUAUUUAUCUUUUGCUUUAUUCAUGUCCUCAUCUG